GGAGAUAUCUCGAUUGCUCGUCUCCCGACUAGAUUUUGAGCUGAUCCUAGGAAAAUUUGAAUUGAUGUUUGAUUAUCUGGCUUCUUUUACGUCUGAAUUCUUCGUCAGUACGGUAAUUGAGGUAUGGUAAUGGCGGGAGGUGCUCUGCGCCAGCACUGUUGUCGUUAUACCUUUGCUGUUCAGGCGCAUUGCUGCUUCGGCUGUUAUUCAUCGUCGCUCAAUUUCAGCGUUUCGAAUUCUCAAUUUGUAAGGAAAAGUGUUCGUGGUUGCAAUUCAACGCGAUUCCGAGCUAUCAUCCCUAAAUCGUCUGAUAACGAACUUCCCAACAGCACCCGGGUCGCGGAGGAUGAGGUUAAUGGUCCGGAUCCGGAUCCAGGCCCGAACCCGAGUCCAGUAGCCGCGAUGCUGCGUCGACUUCGGGAGGAAUUGGAAUUCGAUGGACUUGGAAUGGAGAUUUUGUCGAUUGCAUUGCCGGCGGCUUUGGCUCUCGCAGCUGAUCCGAUUGCUUCGCUCAUUGAUUCGGGGUUUAUUGGCCAUUUAGGAUCUGUCGAACUGGCGGGAGUCGGUGUGUCCGGUGCUGUUUUCAAUCUGGUUUCGAAAUUAUUUAAUGUUCCUUUGCUCAAUGUUACUACAUCGUUUGUUGCUGAAGAGCAGGCGUCUCUUGCAAAGGCCAUUGAUGGCUAUGGUAAAGCUUCUGCAGGUGAACAAGGCAAGGUUCAUCUUCCAUCGAUAUCGAAUGCUCUAAUGCUCGCUGCAGCCCUUGGCAUCUUCGAAGCUGCUGCUCUUACAGUUGGCUCCGAUCUUUUGAUGAAUUCGAUGGGUAUACCUGUUGAUUCGCCAAUGUACGGGCCAGCUGAGGAAUUUCUUAAACUGAGGGCAUUUGGUGCCCCGGCAAUUGUGGUUGCACUUGCUGCGCAAGGAAGUUUCCGUGGAUUCAAGGAUACGAAAACACCUUUGUAUGCUGUCGGAGCUGGCAACUUACUUAAUGUGAUUCUCGAUCCAAUAUUAAUAUUUUUCCUUGGAUUGGGCGUUGGCGGAGCAGCCAUUGCUACUGUGAUUUCUGAGUAUUUGUCUGCACUAAUUCUUCUAUGGAAGUUGAAUGACAAAGUAUUGCUUGUUGAACCAAGUUUUAAUGUUCCGAGAGUUGUUCAGUAUCUUCAAUCUGGCGCCCUUCUUACAGGAAGAACCGUCGCAGUUCUUGCAACCACAACACUAGCUACGUCCGUGGCAGCGAGACAGGGCACCGUACAAAUGGCAGGCCAUCAAAUUUGUUUCCAAGUCUGGUUGGUUUUAUCGUUGCUAAACGACGCUUUAGCGCUUGCCGGCCAGGCUCUCCUCGCAAGCGAGUACUCUCAAGGGAACUAUGAUCUCGCCCGUCGGGUGACAUACAAAGUUCUACAGAUUGGAGUAGCAAUGGGAGUAGCUCUAGCUGUUAUUCUGUUCUGCGGGUUCGAAACGCUCUCCGGCUUGUUCAGCGCUGAUUCGGAGGUUUUGGAGGUGGCGAGAGCUGGAACCUUGUUUGUCGCUGGAUCACAGCCGAUGAAUGCGAUAGCCUUUGUUCUUGACGGGUUAUAUUACGGUGUUUCGGACUUUGGCUUUGCUGCAUAUUCCAUGGUUAUCGUCGGACUGAUAUCUUCGGUGUUCCUAUUAGUAACAGCGCCGUUGUUUGGUCUCGCCGGAGUGUGGGGCGGCCUGUUUCUCCUAAUGACCCUGCGAGUCGUAGCCGGAAUCUUGAGACUAAGCACAAGAACUGGACCAUGGAGUUUCCUCCAGCCUGAACCUGGAAAGGACAACACAUAAGCUCUGCAUUUGCGCGAUCUGGCGACGUUGGCUGCGCAGAAGCUCGCCUGAUUCAGGGGCGACGAUUGAUCAUAAACACGGUAACAAGGAUGUCAAAUGCACAUAAGGGUCGAUUCCUGGACAUUAAUCGCACGUGUAGUUCCAGCUGCUGAUUCGUGCAGAGUUGGAGAUGACAAUCUGUUUACAGUAAUAUGUACACAACACAAGGCAUUUUAUGAACAUAGUCAUUCUAAAAGAUAUCGAAUUUGGAAUGAAGGAUACGAAUUCGUGCAUUAGGUCGUGAGUUUUGUGUCGUGGUAUAGCACGAAAAGCAAAGUUUGCCAUAACCCAUCACCGGAAUCUACAAAUUCGAUGUGCCAAAACAUUCAAAAUCAUACUGAUAACAGCAUCAUUGUACAGUUCCAUUUCAUCAAAAAUUCACAAGUAGCUCGUAGCAAUUACUAUUUGUAGGAUAGUCGCGUCCUCAAGUCGCCGCAUUGUAGAGCUGCAACAC